AUGCGCUUAAAUUCGAUACUGUUGUUCAUUGUGAUCCUAUUCUAUUGUACGCAUGGCCUUCAACUUGAAUUCUAUCCAGGAGCAGAAUCUUUCCAUCAAACUGGAUCCCAGUUUAACGGCACUGCUUGGUCAGUUACUUCUCAAGACCCUUCUGAGAGAUAUCUUACUUACGGACCGUAUACAGUUGCAUGGAAUACGACUGUACCGUCGCGCGUCGAUUUUUAUAUAGGUACUGAUGAUAAUUUAGGUGAUCCAUGGAACGUCUUGACUGUUGAUGUCAAUGAUGCAACUAUGGAUCAUAUCAUAACGAGUCGAAAUAUAUCACGUCUUGACUUUGGCUACCGAAAUAUACAGCCACAAAUAUUCUCUCUGUAUUUCAAUAGCACGAUCGGACGUCAACUGGAAUUUCGUGUUUUCUACCAUUGUUGCGGUCAAUUUGUUCAUUAUAAAACAGUCGUCAGUCAAUUAGAUGGCGGUCCAUUAGCCGAUUUCUUUGCUGGACAAGCAGGAUUAGAAUUAGUUAGUUCAUCAGUAUUCCCUACGCCUCAUGGCGAUCCAAGUUCAACUAUGUGGAAUGUCGGUACAUAUGUAAAGCCUAUUGAUGGUCGAUGGUAUGUUUUCUACAGAGAAGGUUUCUAUGCACCGACUCCUGAUUUUUGUAACGGUAUCGUGCCAUUAACGCGUAUUGCUGUUCGAAAUUCAACAGAUUAUGGUAAAACUUGGUCGGAACCCGCUCCUGUUGCACUUCCAGGCAAUUCGACAUUCGAUAAUUGUGCUGCGCUCGACGGUGCACCUUUCUAUGAUAAUGAUACAGACACAUGGCACUAUCUAGCACAAUGUAUUGGAAAUAAUCGGCGUUGGUCUCUUUGCCACUAUUCAAGACCUGGAUCUAAUCCAAUGGCAGGUAUAUUCACACCCAAUCCGAAAAAUCCUGUUGUUCAAGGUGGACAAUUGUGGAGUCGAAUUUGUUCUGGCACAGGAAAACACUGUACGCUAACUAUGUAUGAUGAAGGUACGCCUGAAAUCGUACAAAAACUGAACGGUUGGUUCUACAUUACUUUCCAUGGUUGGGAUGCACCGAAUAAUAGAGCAGCUCGUGGUAUUGCGCGCACACGUGAUUUCGUUAUCUAUGACGUCGCUGGCUACGAUCUUCCUGAUGAUGCCAUAUUCUCUCCUCUGGAUUGCAAUGACUGGAAUAUCACGUGGAAUCCGAAAAGUUUGUGUGUAGGUGGAGGAGAAGGCAGUAUGGUUCGAUCAGGAGAUUAUUUCUAUCAUUUAAUCGAAGCACCCGAUGGAACACUAAAUUGUGAUACGACAUUAGGUGAACAAAAUUGGGUGCUUGGUUUCCUGCGAUCACCCACAUUGGCUGCUCGAUCAGGUGAAUGGGAACAAAUUCACUAUAAUCCAGCAUUCAAACCUGAGAAAAAGUAUGGCUGCGGUUUACAAUACCAUCGAGUUUUCCGUGAUGGUAAUGAUUACUUCUUCUCGAUGUUUGUUCUCGAUUUCGGUGUUAACAAUUUGACAAUGAAGAUAUGGAAAGUGGUGCCUGGAAAGACAUCUUUUCCUGUGAUUGUUAGUUUUCCAUAG